AUGCGCCCAUCGAUCUCAUUUUCCAUCUUCCUACUCCAGUGCGCUACGAGCUUUAGGAUAACGCAUGACCUCCAGCUUUAUCGUGCCUCUAACAGCUUGUGCUGCCCUUUGGUUCGAAGGCUCCGCGGCGUGAGGGAGCAGGAAGCAGCCCUUCACUUGCGCCCCGGAGAAUGCAACAUCGUCCGCAUUUCCAUGUCGCAGAACGUUAAUCAGAAGAACAACCUCAAACGACAGCAGGGUAGAACUCCCAGGACGGCGCCAAUACAGCUUCCUCUCCUGAAAGACUUCCGCGAUCUUUGCGGCAUGGUUGAAACCAUACACCCCCUCCUGGCCGCCGGUAGAGGCAGCAAUGCUCGUAUGAAAGUUGCAGAUGCUGCUCGCGUGCUCUCAAAAUUGAAUAGCUUUGACGGGACUAGGGCAGGACGAACCCUCCCGUCCUCUCAUGCUGUCAAGAUGCAGGACAUCGAAGAGAUUUGUGUUGGAUGCCUACAAACGAACUGUCGAGCCCUACGGUUAAAGCAGAUCGCUAUGGCGUUCAACGCUCUACGAAAGAGUUGGAGCAAAUACACCUCGUUCUUUGAGGCAAGCUGCCUGCGGAUACAGGAAAUAGUCGCCGACGCCGACAGGUCGAACAACUACACGGAGUGCGACGGACAGACUGUGUCGACCCUCGUGAACGCGCUCUCCCAGCCGACCUCUUUACAGCUGAAAGGGGCGAAUGAGACGAUCAAGUGCCUUCUUGACACCCUGGACAAGAUCAACAUCUCCUCUUUCAGCUCCCAGGGCAUCGCGAUGAUUGUGGGAGGAUGCAACAGGGCAAGACAGAACCAUCCUGUCCUUACAUUCUUGGCUCUUGAGAUGCUGAGGAGGCCGACUCAAACCAUCGACCUGCAAGCAGCAGCGCUGAUCGCGCACGGGCUGAAGCGACUCGGGCGACUGGACGUACAGGUGCUGGGACACUUCUCCUCAGUCUUCUUGCGCCAUUCCUCGCGAAGCUACCAGGGGCAGACGAUGGCCAUGGCAGCAGAAGCCUUCUCGGGCUCCAAUGUGCGUCUGCAAGAGGUACUGGGGCACUUCACGAAGAUGGUGGAUGAGGAGGUGAAGUUGGACUCUAGAUCUGUUGUUGACCUGGCAAGGAUCGUUUCUUCAUGGGAUGUGAACUGUGAGAACUUUCUCAAUGUCUUGAUGGCAAGAAGCUUGCGGAUGGAGGAGAGAAAAGAAAUCCUCAGCAGGCUUUCUUCAGCUCCGGAGGACCCGAACAAUGACUCGCCUGCAAGAGCCCGCAGCUCACGAGCGAGCUUGUUAUCUUCCUCCAUCAUGAGAGCAACGGCACACGCGCUGAUCGACCUGAGCUUGGAGGCAUCGGCGGCAAGCAGGGAGAUCCUAGGGGACGUGGAAGUCCUCCUCCUCCUCCUCCGGUGGUUUGGGAGAGAGAAAGUAGACCAGACUAUUCUGCUCGCCCUGAGACUUUGUGUGGAAGCUGCUGUGGGGUCCUUGAAGGAAGCGCAAAGGAAGAGGAGCACAACUAUGUCAAAAUCAGCCAUUUCCGCCUUUGACCUCUCUGUUCUCGCACAUGCUGUUGCAGACUCUCUCGUGGCGGGAGCGGUUGAUAAUGAUGCUCGUAAAGGAGAGCACAUGCAGACAGACUCGUCAAGUUUGUUCCAGCUAAAUCAAGCUUGGGAGGUCGUUACAACGGAAAUCGAGUUCUGCGUCAGACACCAGCUUUUGAGCGCCUCAGCUUGUAGUGUUUCAUGCUCAAUCCUUGAUGAGGAAGUGACCGUUGUCUCAGAUGCCUCCUGUUUGAAUGCUGUUUGCAAGAUGCCAUCCAACGAAAGGAUUCUCAACAUCUUGUUCGAUUCCGUCCAAUGUGACGAUUGGGAUUUUCCUUCGCAAGCAAUAACUCUCAAGAUGCUAACGUCUUUCAAGACAAGUGAGUUGUGUCAGAAACCAUUCCAUGACUUUGUUGUUGUAACGACGAUGAUAUCCUCAGGUUGUAGAAAUCAACAACUGAAGAGCAGACUGGAGGUUGCGAUCUUAAAAGUCAUGUCGGUAGCCGUGCAAUCCCUCAACGAGAACUCCUCGAUCAAACAUGCUGUUAUGGUUCUGACCUCCUUGGAGCACGCCUGCUCUGACCACACCUCUACCCAACUCAUCGCCGUCCUCCGCUUUCUCGGCUCCAUGAAGUCACGCUACUUUGAUGCUCAGGGGAUAGCCAACAUCUUCAACUUCAUUGUCAACCUCGACAAGAGCAGCAGGAAGUUGUCGGCCGGGCAGCAGCGAGAAAUCGAAGAGGUUGAGGAGCAAGUCAAGCAGGCACUGAUCGAGGCGACCUACUCCCUCUACUCCGAGGAGGAUAGCAAGGCCUCCCCUCCCUCCUCCUUCAGCGCUCAGGAGCUCGCGCUGGUUAUCAACGCCCUCGCUCGGCUCGGCAGGAAGGACGACGUGCUACUACGUAUGCUCCUCUCUCAUGCAUGGACCAUCUCGACCCGAGAGCCGGACUCUCUCGACGCGCAGGCGAUCGCCAUGAUCUGCAAUGGGAUGACCAGGCUCAAGGUGCAGGAUCUCAACCUCCUCCGAAGUUUCUCUAAGAUCAUCCGCCGCAGACCCCCCCAGCAGUUUUCCCACCAGCAGGCCUCGAUGGUGCUCAACUCUUACGCCAACUCGCGCCUGCGCGAUCAGGCUGUAUUCCAACACUUGAUCAAACUCGUGGGGGGUGGGCUAGGAGGGUCCACGAUGACAGCAGAGAGGAGAAGGGAUAGGGACAAGGACAGGGUCUCUCCAUCCGCUCAAUCCAUCUCCAUGACGAUGCAUGCCAUGGCAGUACUGGACAUCCAAGGGCCCGAGGGAGUCGUCGAGUGUCUUGUUGACGAGCUGGUCUCCCUCGACGUUGCUUCCUCCUCUGGCCAGGCAGUUGCCAACAUCGCGUGGUCGGUCGCAGCGCUACAAGUCAGCGGGAGGGUCCACGACUGGCUGCUAGAUGCGAUCAAGUUUCACAUCGCCAACAUGGACCGCGCUUGCCUCUUUCAGGUCCACCAGUACCUCCUCGACUGCGCUCUGCGGGACAUCAAGGGCAGCUACAAGGAGGGGCAGCAGAAGCUCCAAAUGGCCUCGAAGAGCAUCCCCUCCCACCUCCUCCUCGACUCGUCCACGUCCAUGAAGGCCGUGGCAGCUGGGGUCGGCAGGGGCCUGGCUGGAGGAGCUGGCCUGACGGUCUCUCGGCUCCAGAGCGACGUCAUCAGAACUUUGCGGGGGAUGGGGGUCGAGGUGGAGGAGGAAUGGAUGGAACCUCGCUCCCGCUACGUCGUCGACGCCUGGCUGCCAACCUUCGGCAUCGCCCUUGAAGUCGACGGUCCCUACCACUACGCAUAUUCUGCUGGAUCCGCGCAGGAAACACGCCCUGGCUCGGCCACGGUGAGGCCGGACGGCAACGGUCGACACCCUCUGGGCUCGACCAAGCUCAAGCAUCGGCACCUUGCGGAGCUGAUGAUCCCCGUGCUCGUGGUCCCCUACUGGGAGUGGCCCGAGGACUCUCAAGCGAGCAAGCAGACGUACUUGAGCAACCUGCUCUUCUCCCACGUUGGUUCAGUGACCGUCACGGGCUAG